UUGGCUGUCUCUUACGCUGUUGUACGGGAAUAAACCCGGUUUCGUCUCUUUCUCUCACUUUGCUCUUUCGCGAAGUAAAAUUGAUCCUUUCGCGUUCAUAUUACUUGUCUCAUAAGAUUCAUCGAAGAAAAAUAGUCAAACCUUGAAACACACUUAAUAUGAAAUCUUGGUUCUAACUUUUAUCAGGUCUGCUCAUCUGGUUCUGUUUGUUUUCUGUUUUCCUUGAUGGGUUUGGUUCUAGUUUUUGUUGUAUUGAAGAGUAAAUGCUCGUGUAGCAAUGCGAUAAAUGUGUUUUUAUAGGUGAAACAUAGGAUCUGAGCCUGAGUUCUUCAUUGUGAAAUUGGUUUUCGGAAUCUGGGAUUAAAGAUUCCUGCAAAAUUUUGUCGAGUUUUCUGUUGUUUGAAGAAGUUAAGCGUAUAGUUACUGGUCUCCGUGUUAUCAAUUCUAGAGGAUGUCAAGCUAUGUUGGAGUUCUUGUUUCAGAUCAAUGGCUUCAAAGCCAGUUCACACAAGUUGAGCUUCGCAGCCUCAAGUCAAAAUUUAUAUCGGCAAAGAAUCAAAAUGGGAAAGUUACAGUGGAAGACUUGCCACCUUUCAUGGUGAAAUUGAAGGCCUUUAGUACGAUGUUCACUGAGGAGGAUAUCAAGGGGAUCUUGGCAGAGUCAUAUUCUGACUCAAGUGAUGAGAUUGAUUUUGAAGCUUUUCUGAGGGCAUAUCUCAAUUUGCAAGGUCGAGCUAGCACAAAAUUGGGCAAUGCAAAGAACUCUUCAUCGUUUCUUAAGGCUUCCACAACCACACUUCUUCACACAAUAAGUGAAUCAGAGAAAGCAUCUUAUGUUGCUCACAUAAAUAGCUAUCUUGGGGAUGAUCCUUUUCUGAAGCAGUUUCUUCCCUUAAACCCAGCUACAAAUGAUUUAUUUGAGCUUGCAAAAGAUGGAGUUCUCCUAUGUAAGCUAAUCAAUGUAGCUGUGCCCGGAACGAUAGAUGAACGAGCUAUCAACACAAAACGGAUACUCAACCCAUGGGAGAGGAAUGAGAAUCACACUCUGUGCCUCAACUCUGCUAAGGCUAUUGGCUGUACAGUCGUUAACAUUGGUACACAAGAUCUGGUUGAAGGAAGAUCUCAUCUGGUGCUUGGAUUGAUUUCCCAAAUUAUAAAGAUCCAAUUGUUAGCCGAUCUCAACCUUAAGAAGACACCUCAACUUGUGGAAUUGGUGGAAGACAGCACUGAUGUUGAGGAGCUUAUGGGAUUAGCCCCUGAGAAAGUCUUACUAAAAUGGAUGAAUUUCCAUCUGAAAAAGGCAGGAUACAAGAAGCCUGUCACAAAUUUUUCUUCUGAUUUGAAGGAUGGUGAGGCUUAUGCUUACCUGCUUAAUGUCCUUGCACCGGAACACUGUAGUCCAGCCACAUUAGAUGCUAAGGAUGCCAGUGAAAGGGCUAAACUGGUACUUGACCAUGCUGAGAAAAUGGACUGCAAACGAUAUUUAACCCCAAAAGACAUAGUUGAGGGAUCGACAAACUUGAACCUUGCAUUUGUGGCACAAAUAUUUCAUCAAAGGAGUGGCCUGACUACAGACAGCAAAAAGGUUUCAUUUGCCGAGAUGAUGACAGAUGAUGCGCUUACAUCUAGAGAAGAGAGAUGCUUUCGACUGUGGAUUAACAGUCUUGGAGUUGCUACUUACUGUAAUAAUGUGUUUGAGGAUGUCCGGACUGGAUGGAUUCUUCUGGAAGUGCUGGACAAAGUUUCCCCUGGAUCGGUUAACUGGAAGCAUGCAUCAAAGCCACCAAUUAAGAUGCCGUUUAGAAAAGUAGAGAAUUGCAAUCAAGUUGUAAAGAUUGGAAAGCAGCUGAAAUUUUCUCUUGUGAAUGUUGCUGGAAAUGAUAUUGUACAAGGAAAUAAGAAGCUCAUUCUUGCUUUCCUAUGGCAAUUGAUGAGAUUCAACAUGCUUCAACUGUUGAGAAACCUCCGGUCCCGCUCGCAAGGGAAGGAGAUUACUGAUGCCGAUAUCCUUAAUUGGGCAAACAACAAAGUCAAAAGUACAGGCAGAACUUUGCAAAUGGAGAGCUUCAAGGAUAAGAGCCUGUCUAGUGGACUAUUCUUCCUUGAGCUUCUAAGCUCUGUGGAGCCGCGAGUGGUGAACUGGAACCUUGUCACCAAGGGUGAAAGUGACGAGGAAAAGAGGUUGAAUGCUACAUACAUUAUUAGCGUGGCGCGAAAACUUGGCUGUUCCAUUUUCUUGUUACCUGAGGACAUCAUGGAGGUAAACCAGAAGAUGAUCCUCACAUUAACUGCCAGCAUAAUGUACUGGAGCUUACAACAGCAAGUGGAAGAGGCAGAUUCGUCUCCCUUCUCCUCGCCUGUGCCUUCCCCAACCACGGCUAAUGGUCACAGUAUGGCUACUCCCAAGGCAUCCUCCACUAAUGGCCACAGUAUAGCUACUUCUGAGGCUUCCCCAGGAACAUCUAUCAGUGGUGAAGAUGAAACAUCAUCUCUGGGUGGUGAAGUUUCAAACUUGACUGUUGAGGAUACUGCCUCCUCUUUGUGUGGUGAAGUUUCAAAUGUGACCAUCGAUGAUACUGCCUCCUCUCUGGCUGGUGAAGUUUCAAACUUGACCAACGACGAUGCUGUCUCUGACUCCACAGUUGAGAACGAGGAGGCUCUGGUUGGAUAAUGAACACAGGAUACUUCCAUGGGAUUGGACAUGAUAAAAGCAAGAAAAAAGAGUGAAAUGAAACAUAUUUACAGUUAGGUAAAACCUACAUCACUUAACACUAUCUGGAGAAAGCAGGGGAAAGAAUUUUGUGAAGUUUGGUAUACUUUCAGAAAGAAAGAGAUGCUGCCAAUAUAUGUUUUGGUAGACUAGUUUAGAUGUAUUCUUUAACAAUAAUGGCAUUUGAUGAUGUUGAAUACUGUAAAUUAGUAAACAUAAUUUUGUAUGAACAAGAGUUACUUCAUAAAUUCUUGAGAUUUCUUUGCAUCAA